CUUCCCCAAUUGCCCUCCCCUCGUUUCUUCUCCACCUGUCCAGUUGGCAAGCCCCUCGCCGCCCCUCGCCGCCGUAACCUCCCUUCCAGUCGUCGGCUCUCCUAGCUCAUCUGGUCGCCUCGACUCCCAUCAUUGGGGCCGGCGAAGAAGCCAGCCUCGAAGUCGUCGGAUACGGGUCCAGUCGUGGAGCAGGAGGAGUCCCGUCACACUCGCAGUUCUCGCAAUGUGGACGCGGGGGCGGGGAAGUCGACAGCCCCGAACUCGUCAGACAAGGCUCCAGUCAUCGAGCAGGGGUCCCAUCGCAGUGUGGACGUGGGGGCGGGCAAGAUGGCAGCGCCGAACUCGUCACACAAGGCUACAGUCGUGGAUUAGGAGUCCAAUCGCAGUACUGGCAGUGUGGAGGUGAGGGCGGGCAAGAACACAGCGCCGAACUCGUCAGACACGGUUCCUGUCGUCCGCAGUACUGGCAGAUUGGAGGUGCUUGAGGAGGAGGAUUCUGACGAUAAUGCAGCGGGGAAUGGGAGCCAACGCACCACCUCCAAUGCGGAUUCUCUUCUUCGUGAUCUUCAGGCUCAAGGGAGAAAGCUUGCUCUGGAGAGAUUCAGGAGAAUGUGCAGAGUACUCGGUGCUGACUACAAGAAGAGGUUAUCUGAGAUGGGUUGCAUGUCUGAUGACGAUGUUGACAUGGACCGACUAUACAAAGAAAUGGAUCUUCUGGAUGUGACCAUCAAUUCCAACUACAAGAAGCUCAAAGAUGUCGGUAGCGAGUUGUUUCUGGAGUGGGGGCGUGCAGAUACCCUGCUCAAGAACAUGUUGAAGUUCUCCUAUGUUAUAUCUGUCCAUGAUUCCACCACACCUGCUGAGAUUGACGAACCUCAUUUCCUUGAUACCUUGUGGGUCAAAAAGGCCCGGACAGAGCUAGAUGACAGGAGAAAGGAUGCGAAGAAGGAAUACCAGAAGCAGAAGGAGAAGCUGAAGGGAAUGAUUCAUGAAAGUCGCCUAACCUAUGAUUUUGUGGGAUUCAAUCCCAAAGAAAAAGUGGACCCUAAGAACUAUUAUCAGGAGACAUGCAAGGUUCUGAAGCAGAUUGAAAAGAUUCGAGAGCUAUCUGUCAGCCGAAAGGAGAUGGUCUACCGAAUGGAAAGGGUCCAAAUGGCCAUUGCUCAAAACAAACUUCCGACACCCAAAAUAAGGGAUCUCAAGGAAUUGGCGAUGAAUCAUGUGAAGAAGAUAAGUGUUAAGGGUCAACCAAUUAUAUACCCCCUUCGUUCGGAAUUACUUGUCGCGGAAAUGGAUGUAUCUAGACGUAUUUUAGUUCUACAUACAUCCAUUUCCGAGACAAGUAAUUCCGAACGGAGGGAGUACAAUGGAGAGGAUAUUAGUACCGCAUUCGAUAACCUUGAGUCUGAAAUUGAUGCUCUUGAAGAACAGCAUGAGCAGCAACUUGAGAAGGAAGCAAGAAUGUUGAAAACACGGACCCGAUCUGGCGGGGCAUCUCUGUCUGUUUCGUCGGAGUCGGAUUCGGAUUGAGCAAAUUCUGCAACCUGCUCUGGAAGAGGCUGGAGCGCAGGAGCUGUCAUUGGAGGAAUGAGAACCCUAAACAAACCAUCAUCACAGGAGUCUCCCCCCCCCCCCCCCCCCCCCCCCCCCUCCUAUUGUAGAUAAUUCUAGCAGUAUCCGCAACAGCAGAGGAUCUUUCUUCAGGAAAAUGUGUUCAUAGAAGAGAUACUACGGGAUAUAUAUACUAUGUGGUGAUUGUUGGUGCUUGUUAAAUAUGUACCUGCUUACAAAGCACCUUUAGUAUUUGGUACAAAUUGCUGGAGGGUAAAUGCUAGUCGAGACUUCUUUUUGUGCGAGCUGGCUAUAUUUUAGUUUUGUUUGCCUUGUGUGCAUCUGGUAAGCUUAAUAUCGUUAUCAUCAUUGUUUA